AUGAAAUGAAAAGAAAAAAAAUAGUUCAAUCAGUGUGCGCUCCAACAAUUGCGAAUCAAAUGGAUGAUUAAACGAUGAUUUCGUUUGCUUCGUCUUAUCAUCCAGGGAAUUCCCUAGAUGCGCUCGAAGCGUACCCAAGGAUAGGAGAUAGUAAAACAGCAAAACAAUCCCCAGACUGCUACAACCACAGCCAACGUUCUGUGCACACGACAUUGAGUACGUCCGUGCCAGCGCUCAGUAUCGUUCGAUCGAUCGUCACGAAAGGCAGGUUGAUUUUUACUAGUUCCCGUUUUUCUUCACGAUGGUUGGAAGCGUCUUUAAAAGUGGAAAUUAUUUUCUAGUCGGGUUGUUCGGUGCACUUUUAAUUGGCACUGUUCUCGGUAGUCCUUUACCUCAGCCCAUAUCGAUCAACGAACCAUCUGACAGUGUUAGGAUCACUACGACCGAGCGAAUGAGCACCAGCGGCAGUACUACGACGGAGCGAAUGAUCACCAGCAGCACUACCACGACGGAGUAUCCUUAUAAUGCAAUAGCAAAAAUAUAUUCGUCACCACAGAGCAAGGUGGGAACAACAAAGUACGCGUCCGGUGUACAUAAGUUCGAUGUUGGUCACAACGAGGACUACAAUAAACGUGCGCUCGAGGAGUACAAUUAUCAUUUCGCAAGGCGUGAAAUGAAUCUUCCAUCGCGAAUGAGCACCAGCAGCAGUACUACGACGGAGCGAAUGGUCACCAGCAGCACUACCACGACGGAGCAUCCUUAUAAUGCAAUAGCAAAAAUAUAUUCGUCCCCACAGAGCAAGGUGGGAACAAUAAAGUACGCGUCCGGUGUACAUAAGUUCGAUGUUGGUCACAACGAGGACUACAAUAAACGUGCGCUCGAGGAGUACAAUUAUCAUUUCGCAAGGCGUGAAAUGAAUCUUCCACCGACAACAAAACGAUACAACUUUACACCGCCAAAUAACUAUUAAUUGUGUCUAAUUGUGAAAAGUAAUGAUUUCCAAAAAUGUGGCUAAAACAUAAAUAAAGUUACAUAAACUUAA